AAACAUAUAUGAGUGCUGUCAUAUAUCUGCUACUUAUGAGAUACUUGGCGUAGUCCAAGUAGGAAUGGAUAAUGCCAUUGUCAAUGCAGAUACAAUCCUUGUCCAAUUUUGUGUUUAGCAAUACCAAUGUCAAUGUUUACCUCACCACACUCACACGUCAAAAACACACACUUCCAAUACACUUGUUUCAUCACCUCAAAUCUCCACCCAAUCUUCACCAAGCCAAAAAAUUACAUGCUAUUCUUCUUGUCCAUGGUUUCUUUCACCCAACUUCUCCACAUAACAAUUCCCUUUCUUCAAACCUCAUCAAUGUCUAUGUCAACUUUGGUUCCCUCAAUUAUGCUUUUCUCUCCUUCUCUCAACUCCACCAUAAAUCCAACAUUGCUUGGAAUGCCAUUCUCCGAGCUCUUAUUGGUUCUAACCACUUCACCAUAGCUAUUCAGUUUUAUCACUCCAUGCUUAGACAUGGUGUUACCCCAGAUAAUUAUACAUACCCACUUGUUCUUAAAGCUUGUUCUUCUUUACAUGCUCUUGAAAUUGGAAGAUGGGUUUAUCAUAGCAUUCUCUAUAAUGAGGAAAAGAGUAAUCUUUUUGUUAAUUGUGCUUUGAUUGAUAUGUUUGUUAAAUGUGGAAGCUUGGAAGAUGCGCAUAAGGUGUUUGAUGAAAUGCCGGUUAGAGACUUGGCUUCUUGGACUGCGUUGAUUUGUGGAACUGUGUGGAAUGGUGACUGGCUUGAAGCGGUUUGGUUGUUUAGAAAGAUGAGAUUAGAAGGGUUAAAGCCUGAUUCGGUUAUUGUAGCGUCUGUGUUGCCUGUUUGUGGUAGAUUAAUAGAGGGUUUGAAAUUGGGGAUGGCAAUGCUGGGUUGUGCUUUGAGGAGUGGCGUUGACAGUGAUUUGUAUGUCUCGAAUGCUAUCAUUGAUAUGUACUGUAAAUGUGGUUAUCCGCUUGAGGCUUAUCGUGUAUUUAGAAACAUGGUUUGUAGGGAUAUGGUUUCAUGGAGUACCUUGAUUUCUGGCUACUCACAAAAUGGCAUGUACCAAGAGAGCUUUGAAUUGUAUGUUAGAAUGGUGAAUAUGGGUUUAACAACAAAUGAGAUUGUUGUUACUAGUGUUCUUCCUGCUUUGGGAAAACUCAAGUUGUUGAAACAAGGGAAAGAGAUGCAUAACUUUGUUCUCAAACAAGGACUUUUAACAGAUGUAGUUGUAGGAAGUGCAUUGAUUGAUAUGUAUGCUAAUUGUGGGUCAGUCAAGGAAGCGGAGUGGAUAUUUAAAUACGUGUCAGAUAAAGAUAUCAAUGUUUGGAAUUCACUAAUUGUUGGGUAUAAUUUAGUUGGUGAUUUUCAGUCAGCGUUUUUUACCUUUAGAAAAAUUUGGGUAACUAGACAUAGGCCAAAUUAUAUAACUUUAGUAAGUGUUCUUCCUAUAUGCACCCAAUUAGGAGCACUUAGACAGGGAAAGGAAAUUCAUGGUUAUGCAACUAAAAAUGGUCUGGGAUUAAAUGUUUCUGUUGGAAAUUCUCUAAUAGAUAUGUACAGCAAAUGUGGAUUUCUAGAACUCGGAGUGAAAGUCUUUAACCAGAUGAUAGUAAAGAAUGUGAUAACAUAUAACACUAUGAUAUCUGCUUGUGGAGCUCAUGGCCUAGGCGAAAAGGGUUUGGCAUUUUACGAGCAAAUGAAGGAAGCAGGAAUGAAACCAAAUAAAGUCACUUUUAUUUCACUGUUAUCGGCGUGCAGUCAUGCAGGUCUUGUUGACAGAGGUUGGCUAUUAUAUAAUUCAAUGAUUAAUGAUUAUGGUAUUAAGCCAGAUAUGGAGCACUACUCGUGUAUGGUGGAUCUCAUUGGAAGAACAGGAGAUCUUGAUGGUGCAUACAAGUUCAUCACAAGCAUGCCUGUGACACCAGAUGCCAAUGUUUUGGGAGGCUUACUCAGUGCAUGUCGACUUCACAACAAAGUGGAAUUAGCUGAGCUCCUUGCAGAGCAUAUUUUCGAAUUAAAUACUGAAGAUUCAGGCCACUAUGUCCUUCUAUCAAAUUUAUAUGCCUCUAGGAAACAAUGGGAAGACAUGUCAAAAGUAAGAAGCUUGAUAAAGGAUAAAGGGUUGGAGAAAAAACCAGGAAGUAGUUGGAUUCAGGUGGGUCACCACAUUUCCAUCUUCCAUGCUACGAGUACCUUUCAUCCAGAACUUACUAAGAUUGAAGAAACUUUGGAUAGCUUAUUCUUGGUGAUGAAAAGUGAAGAUCAUAUGCUGGCUAAUGUGGGAUUUUGUUCCCAUGUUAAUGACCAAAUUUUAACUUAAAAAUGAAAUCCGUGAAUAUUACCAUUGGAUAUUAAUAAUUUACUCUUUAGUGAGUCAAGUUAAAGUUGUCAAAACACCAAUACAAGUGGUCCCUUCAGGCUUCAGUAAUUCAUCUAAAAGCGGUACUACAUAAGAAACUGCGCCUAAA